CUGGACACACCUUUUUCUUACACUACACCCAGUCUGGAUUCUAAGAGCAUCAUUUCAGGUGCACUUCGGUAGUUUGUUCUUAAGUGGUUGAGAAAAUAUAAGACUUAUAAUGAAUCCAGGUGUCGACACUGUUUAAUAGGGUGUCCUUGGAGACAUAAUUAUUGUUGUUAGUGCUCAAAUUUUGUCCUGAUUGUCUAAAAAGCGAUGUUGUCCAACAACCUUCGUCCUUUUUACCUCCCUAAUUCGAUGAACAGAUGGGUCAUUGUGUUUAGGCAGUCGCUAGACUAAUCCAUGCCUACCCAGAUUGACGUGUUAAGCUCUGUUAGAUUCAGAAGAAAAGAAUUUGGAACGAGGAGUGUGUUUUUUGUCUCUGCAGGUGUGAACAAGAGAAGCUUGGAGAAAAUCAUGGCUAGCAAAGGACAACAAGUAGUUGAAGAAGUCAUCCAGAAAACGGAUGUAAACGCCCCUAAAGGAAAGCGUCAGCAGGUUAGCGAAGACGUGAUAGUCCCCACACGGAAAGACGAUGUUCCCGCACGGAAAGAAGAUUACGUCCCUGGUGCUGCCCCUCCACCUGAAGUCAUACAGAAGACACUCGAAACUAAUGCAAUGUAUUCUAUUUUCCCCAAUGCAGAUAAGGAAACCAUAGUCGGUGGCAAUGUGAGCCUCAUGGUCUCAAUCUUCGAGCGAAAACAGGAAGAGGAACGACGAACAACCAAUGAAAGUCCACAGACCCAGAAAGUGUCAAGACGCGAAGAAGGAGACCUCGUCUCUUCCUUCAACGCCUCCUUACGAGAGGAGGAGGAGGAGAAACAGCGGCAGAUGGAGGAGUUGAGAGAGAGGUUGAAGGAAGAGAGAGGCCUGAUGACAGAGGAUGCACGGAUCGUACAGACCACGUCAGAAGUGCUGCUCACCAUGGGACAGAACAAGGAGAAGGAGAUGGAAGUCAUCAGAGCACAGCUGAAGGAGGAAAGAGUCAACAUCUCGGAGGAUGGGAAAAUAGUGGAGACAAGUAAGUCUGCUCUCCUGUCUGAAGAAGAAGCCAAGCGAGUACAGUUGGAGCUGGAGAAAGCCGAUCUGGUCAGACAGAGGAUGCAGCUCUCUGGUGAUGCAAGUCUGGUAGAGAAGGCAAAGGGGGCGCUUUUCACAACCGAAGAGCACCAUGGGAUAGAAAAAUGGCGUACAGACGGUAAAAUAGUGUCAACGACAACUGAGUCCAUCAGGACCUACCAACAAGGUGACGAAAAAGUAGAGAUCAUAGAAGCAGCUACCACCUACACAACAGACGAAGUAGAAGGAACGGUUACUAAUAUUGUAUCACAAGCGGAAAUGGCAACACCAAUUUCCGAGCUACAGACCACAGAAGGGGAAUCCGGAGUUAUCACUGAGACAAGCCUUGAAGAAAUCAAGAGUGGAGGCAGUGACACAACUACGGUGAUUCAUCCGCCACAAGAAAUCGAGAAAACAAUAGGAGAGUCACAAGUUCUGAUUGAUGACAUCAUUGCACUGACAAGAGCGAAAAGAGAAGAGAGAAUGUCCAAAAGGCAAACCACGUCAGUUCGUACAAUCACAUCAACAACGUCAGGGGAACAGGUUCAGGAGAUGACAAAAACAGAAACAGUUGUGAUGGAAAACGGAGAGACAGAUAAAGCAUGCGAUGAAGGGAUGACGAGUUUUCAUACCACUGCUAGCGAGACAAGGGUAGAGACAACAGAUGAAGUCACCCCAUGUAACGUCCCGCCGAGUCAGUCUACCUCCCAUUUGGUCCCAACAAAAGGCACAAAAAUGGCCUCCAGGCGGGUUAGGUACGGAGGUCGGCAGAUUACUGCAAACCAGCGCCAGGUUCUGGGCACGGGUUGGAAAGGUGCAAAAACUACGGUGACCACAGUCACAACAGUACGCACGAGUAAUACUAGGACUCAGUCUGGAGAAUCUGCUAGUGAGUCAGCAGCGACGAACAGAAUGUCACAGGAAGAGAUACAGCAACAUAUUCCAGAGCCAUUGCCAGAGGUACCCGGUAUUGACUUCAAACAGUUUGAUGACGUGUGUGAUCUGGCGGAUGACAUGCUGAGAGAAGAAGACAACCCACCGGUACCGGUACAAGAGACAACAUCUUCGGUGCAUUAUUGCGAGGACCCCGCCUACCAUGCCACCAGGAUCCCCGGUGUCUGCAUCAGGAAGCUGAACUGUAACGGAUGCGCAGCACAGUACCGCGUGGCUAGAGCCACGUGUGAAGCCGAGGGGGCUUCACUUUUGACUCAGCUCACCGAAGAGAAAUUUGAAUUACUCGCGGAGGAAGACUAUUACAACCUACAGGGGUCGUGGAUAGGACUUGAUGAUAUAGCUGUUGAGGGAACGUAUGUGUGGAAUGAUGGUUCACCUUUGGGUUCAUUUCGACCAUUCCAUCCGACUGUACCGAACGAUGAGGAGACUGACUGUGUCAUUGUCGGGAGGAACGUCGGUUCAGUAUGGGCGCCGUACGACUGCAACAACAAAGUGCGGUACAUCUGCCAAAAACCUUCGACAUGUCCUAAUGUCACGACCUCCCUAACAACUAUUGCAAAUUCGACGACUGAAAGGACAACGCCCGACACAUCGACAUUACAACCGACACCGCCGGCCAAGACAACAGACGCAUCAACGACUAAGGUGACAUCAGCAAAAACAAGUAAUUGUGUCGCGACAACAACUUCACCCUCUACAGUCCAGGCGACAGCUGUUGUUGAGACAUCUGUUACAAGUGAAUAUGACAAACGAUGAAACAACAGUUCCUCCUACAACCGCGAUAACAACAGCUCCUCCUACAACCGUUAGCACAACAGCUCCUCCAACAACCAUGGUAACAACAGGUCCUCCUACAACC